AUAGCUUAGCCUUCAAAAUGCUUCUAAUUGGCUGUCUGAUUCUAUUCUCAUUUUUUCACACUAGUGAUGCUGUGGCCCAUCUGAGGAUACAUCAUGGUCUAAAUUGCUUUUACGAUUAUAACCUAGAGGUUCACACUCAUCGUGGGGAUAGAUCUACUAAAGAACUGAAUUUCAAAAUCAACACCAAGAUCAAUGUGAUCGUAAUGGAUGAUACGACAUUGAAGAAUAACGAUUAUGUUGCAAAGUUAACAAUACGCAGUCCUCGAGUCGUACGAACUCAAGGUGGUCGAACCAUCAAACACGUUGUUGAUCACAAUCUAGAAGAGCAACUAUCCAAGCCGUUCUUCUUUACACAAGAUUCUAAAGGAAUGGUUUCUCACGUGUUCUAUCCUCAUGAUGACAUCCCUAACCUUGUAGGAUUAAAGAAAGGAGUUGUAAGUGCAUUUCAUUUGAAACUUCACGAUGACUUUAAUGUGACGUCAUUCAACACCAAGGAAGAGGAUGAUUCUGGUGUACACGUGACCUAUUAUGACAUCAUUCAAAGAAACGUAUCUCACGCUGAUUUUACAAAAAAGUGGAGUGGUGAUGAUUUUAUUGAGCAUGCUGAUGGCAGACCUGUGGAAGGUAAACAGUAUGUUAAAAGUCACUACAAUUCAGCUGUAAAAAUUGAAGAUAACAUCAUUAAAUCAGUUAAAAGAACACAUUUCUCACAACUUCAUGACAAAACUGCGUUCAAAUAUCCUGUCAAUAAUCCUGAUUUUAAAGAUCAACCAGAUUUCAAUUUGAAAGCUUCAGGAGAAAGCCACCUGACACUUCUCAAAUGCAUAAGCAAAUCUCAAAGGAGUAAACGAUCAACAGGGCAGCAAAGCGUCAAGUCGGUCUUAUCUGAUUUAAAACAAGACACUCUCACUUGUUCCCAUUUUCAUCAUAUUCGAUGGUCAGAUUAUGGCGAUCCAAAAAAACCAACGCGAACUUUUUACGAAUUACUUCGUUGUUACUCGGAUCCUUCAGUAAAAAAGAACGAAUUAUCACAAUGUGUAAAAGAAUUUCAUUAUUUGGCACGACUGAGCGACGAUGCUCACCGAAAUAUUGUUCAACUUGUUCUCUCAAGAUCGCAUCAAAAUUUUUCGACUUGGUCUGGACUGGUAGGAGCUCUCGUGGUCAAAGGAGACCAUCAAACACAGAAAAUAUUGGCGCAUUUACUAACAAGUGACAAUCCUCGUCCUUUGACCGUGAAAGAACAUUCUAGUUUGAUUGAGGCAGUUUUCUUUAUACCGGCCGGUCCUUUGUACCCGGAACUGAUACAUGCUUUGAUGUAUCUUCAUAAGAAUAGCAGCAAAAAUGACGAAGUGACUGUCCGUGCCAUGUUGGUUUUGUCUGGUUUAGUUCGUCGUAUUCACGAAGCAGGCUACAACCGAUCAUUAUCCGAUACCGUUGCUCGCCAUCUUCUUUACAGUUUUAAAACACACCCAGCUCGUUUCCAUGACGAUGAAAGUGAAUCACACGAGACAUAUUUACGUAAUCAUCUAUGGGCUUUUGGCAAUCUUGGUCAUAUUUCAUCACUGUCAACGAUUAUUCGUCACUUGGACCACGACAGUUCUGGUAUUCGCUACUCGGCAGUAUCUGCUUUGAGGAAACUUCCACCUUCUCAAACUGACCAUCAUUUACUGCUAACUUUGAAAAAAGAUUAUCAUAGAAGUGUAAAAGCUGGUGUUGUAGAAGUGUUUCUUGAAAGACGUCAAAAUAUUACGAAUGAAAUGCGAGAUGGGAUUGAAGAUGCACUUUGGUCUGCUGAAGAAGGCGAUGAACUUGACGCAAAAAUCACUGAAUUUUUAGAAAAACAUGGCGAAGAUUCCCAUCAUACUAUAAAAAAACUUCGAAAGCGAAGAGAAGCGAUUCGGAGGAAAAAGAGAGCGCUAAUUCCUGCGCUCAAACCUCGCGAAUUUGUUUUAGGUCCUAAGAAAGAAUGGAUGAAAGGUUUUGGCGGUAAACGCGCAGGAGCUGAAGCCUUGAUCAGAUUUGUGAAUCAAGUAAAACUACAGAUCAGCAUAUUUGGCGGUAAGUUUGAAGUAGACUUGGAUAAUCGUGCUCUAUUUCGUGCGCAUGUCCUGCAAUGGAGUUUUGUUGUCCUUUCCGGCAAGGCAGCUUUCAAAAUGGCAGCGCGAUUCAAGAAUGACAUUCCCAAAGAUUUAAUUCACUCCAUUGCUGAUUCGGCAGAUGAUAUUCUUUCGAACAUCGACUCCUUGACAUCCAUCUUUGCUAAACAUAUACAAAAUUUUAUUGACAAAUUAAAAAACUAUCUUCCAUUAGAUGCUAAAGCAUUCUUACAGUUCAUAGAGAGAACAGUGGAGUUCCUUCGUCGUUCUCUUCAAGCAACACGCUUUGGUAAAAUCUUUAGUAAUAUUGCUAUGAAUAUAAAGAAAGCUUUGCGUUCUAAUGAGUUAUGGACAAGAAUUGCUACUGCAGUCAAGACUCUUCUGCGAAAUCUUAAAAACUUGCAAGUCUCCAACAGUUCAUUUUCCGAAGCUUUCAAAUUCCUGACAGAAUUGGUUGAUACCAUUUUGAAAAUUAACGUCGAUCUUCCUCGUGGUUUUCCUGUUCGUUUCAACAUCAAAGAAUUUCUUCAACAUAUCUCCGGAUCAUUUGAUUCUGUUGGAGAUGCGGUUGCUGAUUAUUUCAAGAAAUUGGGAGUCGAUGUUCCAUCGGAGUUUUUUGAAAUGAUUCAUUUUAAAUUUUCCCUGCGCUUUCCAGUUUCUCUUGAUGAGUUCAAUACUGUGACAACAGCUCUAAUUGAUUUCUGUAACCAAUUUCUGGGAAUGCUUGCAGAGUUUAGAGAUAUCUCGAGAAUUGAAUUACCUCGUCCAAGUCUACCACAGUUUGCAAUCCCUGGCGAAAGUAAACUUUUUCAUUUCGGAUUAUCGUUCGAUUGGCAAGUUCGUUUCAAUUUUAAUGUUAAAUUUUCUGACUCAGGUUUUGAAGAGCUGAGAAAAUUUUUUCAAUAUUUGUCUGAAAUAUUUGAUCACUUCGAUGAUCCAAGUUUUGACUUGGAGAAAUUUUUCCAAAAUAUUUUACCAAGUUUUAGGAAGAACUUAAUAUCGGUGAACCCUGGUUUGUACACGAACACUACAAAUCUCAAAAUCGAAGAAUGGUUUCAGAAAAUUUUGCAGAACUUUCAGAAUAUUCUUGUCAUCGAAGAUGGAAAAUUAUUAAAUUUUAGCGAAACUGGGGAAUUUUUAAAAGAACUUUUAAAGGAGAUAGGACGAUUUUCAAAAAGAGGUCUCAUAAACAUUUGUAAAUUCCAGGACUUUAUGUUAAAAUCCUCUGGUAAAUUGCUAAAGUUUGGCGAAAAUUUAGAAAAUGGAACAAUAGUUUCAAUAAGAAAAAUUGAAGAUGAAGCACAAAAUGUUUUAUCAGAAGUCGUGAAUGUAACGAUUUUUGUGGAAGAUCUUAUCAACAAACUUCAACAUAAUCUUUCCCUCUCUACCAAGACGUUCGUGAAUAGGUUUUUGACAAACUUGGAGUUUUCGCUGCAAAAUGUUCAUGACUUAGCUGAUAACGUUGCAGAGUUUGCUGGAAAUGCAACGAAUGAACUGUCGGGAUUUUGCUACAAAACUGCUGAUUUGUCAGGGGAAAUAUUGGAUAAUAUUCAAUCUGAAGCGAAAGAUGCAGUAAAAGAAUUAACUACAUUUAUAACUACCAACUCACGGGGUAUCAAAGAUUUUAUAAACCGCUUCAAAUCUGUGGUCAGAAAUGUCGAAAACUGGCAACAACAAAAUUUGCGAAAACGUCUUGGUAAGUUUGUGCGAGUUUCCGAAACGCUUGAAGAAUUUUUGGCUUUACUGAAGAAUGAGAAUAAAUUUUGGAGAAGGGUUCACAAAACGUCACGUAUUAUUAACGAAGUAGUGGAGCAUUUGAACAGAUUGCCUGAACAUGCUCAAAAAGCACGUGAAGCUGCUGACAAAGUUGCUGACUUUGCUGUUAACGCUCGACGAUGGGAGAGAGAAAUGAACAGGUUGAAUUUGAGACGUAAGUUCAAACUAGAUUUCGACAAGCAACUUCGUGAGCUUUGUAACGAAUUUCAUAACAUUGCCAAUGAAGGAGUUCGUGAGAUUAAAGGCGAUAACUUGUUCAAGAGAAUCCGCGAGUUUGUAACAAAAGAAACAGAUUCCUUAGUUGAACGAGGAGUUGCAAAACUGAACCUAUUGAAAGAACCACUUGUCGAAGUUCGUGCAGAAUUGACAAAAAUUUCUGAAUCUGUUGCCGAAGUGGAAGCGGUGCUCAUUGAAAUAAAGCCAUUUUCAAAUAAUUUUUCACCAAUUCUUCGAGAAGUUAGUCACUUGCCCAACUGCUCAAACAUAAACUUAAUAUUCAAAAAUAUUUUAAGCAAAUGUAGUAAGAGCGCAAAAACAUUUGGAAAAGCGUCGUAUGGCGAGUACAAAUCGUUGAGGAAUGAAGUGAAAGUCCUUUUUGAUCUUUUGCCCAACGAGUGGGAAAACUUAAGCUUAAGAAAAUGUGUAAGAGGUGGAACUUGUCUAUCGCAGGCUUUUAUCAUGCAAGCACGAGAACUUUCAAAAAAAAUCAAACUUUUAAAGAAGAAAAUUGACAGCAAAGAACUGUUGGAGAGCUUACAACCAUGCGAAUUAGCUGUUAAAGAUGUUUCCGAUGUUGUAGAUAGAGUAAGAAAUAUUUCAAAAUUAGUGCAAGAAUUUUCACUGAAAGAUGAAAUAUUAACGAUAAAAGACUUAUCUCGCAGGAUAACUGGAAAAUUUUCACAUGAUGACAAUAAGAUUCAAAAACGCUCCGUCAGUGAUUUGAUGAAAAAAGUAAAAGAUUUUGCACAGAAUAUCAAGAAAGCCAAGGAGACGAAAAUGAAAAUUGAAAAACUUGUGGAGGAAGUAUUUGGCAAACUAAAAAGUAUUUACUCUGAAAACAUCAAACCAUUCCAAGAUAACUUGCAAAAUGUCCAGAAAAAAUUGCAAUUAGCCUCGGAUCUCAGUCGAAAAACGAGCAUCAUUAAUCCUAGUCUUCAAGCUGUAGACAAUGUUGUCGGAUCUAUGACUGAUUUCACCAAGACCGCUCAAAAUGUUGUUGUUCCAUUGCGAAGUACUAUUCUUGAUUUAUUUGACAAAACAUCUGACUUCACUGACAUUUUUGAUGACCAACUAAAGGAUUACGGUGAUAAAGUGACAAAGGCUUCUAAUGAUGUGAACGGCUUUCUUGAUAGAAUUAUAUCAUUCUUGAAUAGAAUUCAGUUGAGACAAAAAGGUUUGGACAUUCGAAAUUAUAAACCAUGGAAUCAAUAUUCCUAUUGCUCUUCGGAAGUAUGCUUAAGAUUUCUACGUCGCUCGUCAAAGUUGUAUUUAAAGACAGUGUUUGUUUGGAAGUUCCCUCAUCUUGAUGACUUGUCUUCAUUCCGUUCAAGUGGAAAGUGGUUGGUUCCAGGUCUUUUUGAUGAUUAUAAAGUUCGCAGCAUUGCUCCAUUAACCAAGAACGAAGUUAUACUGGGCAUGCGUGGUAUCGCAGCAAACACCAAUAAGCCUUCUCUAUUAGUUAUUGUUGACAUCAGGUCAUCAAAUCCUCAAAUUGUCAAGAUAAUUGUUCUUCAAAACAAUGGUAAAGAAUUUACAGGAGACAUGGGUGGUCUAGCGGUUGUAAAGAGUACGUACCUUUGGAUGAGUGGUGGGGGAAAUACUCUCUUUGCAGUAAAACUGUCGGAUGUUCGAAAUAGUAUGUCAAUCACAAAGCCAUCUGCGGUAAAUAUUGGAGAAACUAAAUCCCUUUCUCACUCGGCCACAUCAUUGUCCUACGACAGUCGUGAUAGUCGAGUAUGGGUUGUUGAUAGCGGAAAUUUCAAGGCAUUUUCUUACGAUGUAAGUCCAUUUGGUAGAAUAUUGUCAAAUAAACGUACAGUAGAGACUGGGCAACAUGUACGUGGCUUUACAAUUGUUCGACAAUUUGGUAUCGACUAUGCUGCUGUGGCAAAGUGUGCUCUUGUUGUUGCUUUUCAAUGUAGACUUGAAUUCCACAGUCUUAAAUCUAAUGUAUUGGAUGAAUCUACAGUUCACAGAGUUGUAAGAACUCCCACGGGUCUUGAAGCCGUACAGACAGUUGAUUCUGAGCAUCUUGUCACCGCAUUUUCUAGUGGUACAUUCGCAGAGAAAGAUAAAAUUGAAAGAAUCGCUGGCGAUUUUGAGGAUAGAUUUUUCAAAUUCAAGGUACCAAUUCUCUCGACUGGUUUUGACAUCACUGAAAAUUGUCUGUUCCUUAGAGUUGGCUAUGAUUGGAUUAUUCCAGCCAAACGUUUGUUUUCUUUUGGAGAAAUGAAAUGUGGUGAGCGCAAGAAAAUAAGCAAUUUUGAUCUAUCAAUUGAUGCAGAUGUGUACAGAGCAGAACUCGAGCAUCGAAGAAGACGACGAGGGCCUUCCACAGAAAGUGUUGCAUGUUCUUGGAAUUUUGAGGGUGAACCCAAAAUAGUUUUGUUAAACACAACUUUACUCGCUCUUUGCCUAUAUCCUCGCCAAUAUUUGAUUGUUCCCGUGGUUGGAAUAGCAGUUGUUUUCUACUUUGGUGUUGAUGUUAAUUUGUACGCCAACUACAGGAUCUCAUUGUGUCUUCGUGAGAAGGAAGUCCGUCUUGCGCUCAUUCCAGGGGCCUGGGUUAAUGUAGAAGCUGGAGCAAGCCUUGUAAUUCUCAUAGUUGAAGGAGGAGUGAGUGUCGAAGCGAGGUUGCUAGAGACUUACUUCAUCCCAGAACUUGCUGUACGGGUUGAUAAAUGGCCAUUACGGGCAUGUUUGCGAAUGAAGAUGCAAAUGACACCAUUGUCGAUACGAGUAUGGUUAUGGUAUAGAUUUUUACUUUGUAUCAGGAUCCGAGUCAAGAAAUGGUUUCGAAUUCGCAUCUCGAUACGCUGGUGUCGUAAGAAAACAUUUGCAGAAUGGAGUUGGUCCACUCGCUCUAUUCACAAAACUGUUGUUAGCACUUGCAAGCGUGAUAAAGAUACCACCCCUGGAAUAGGGCAAUGUAGUGCAAAGCAAGUAGCCAGUAAAAAGUACUUCGUCCAAUGGCGUGGAUUUGCGGAAGAUACAAAAAUUCAAAAUUAUGUCGUAAUAAUUGGCUCCAUCCGAGGUUCUGGUGAUGAUCAUUUUUCUAUUCACGGUGAAAGACAAAGCUUGCUCGUUACAGAUCUUAACAUAAUGCAUGGACGACCUGUGUAUGUAGGUGUAUAUGCCUACAAUGGUUUGGGUAUGAAAAGUCCUAUUGCUCAUUGUCCUAUGUUUACAGCAAAGCGACGAUCUCCAGUUAUAACAUUUGUUAAUGAUGGUGAAACUUCUAAAGACCUUGAUUUUCAAUCCGAUCAGACAUAUCUAGCUGUACAUUAUGGAUUUGUAGGUACAUUUGGGGAUCUUUCCAGCAUUAAAUGGGGGGUAUCAUCAAGGCCAAGAUGUACAUUCUCUAAUGAUGAAGCUGACGUUUUAAGCAUGCGAGAUAUUGGUGAAAGUUAUGUAAUUAAAAAGACUGAAUUGAAUUUACCAAACGGUGGCAAAUAUUACAUGCGAAUUCAAAUCACUGAUCUCUUGGGAAUGGCUACGAUAGCCUGUAGUGAUGGUGUUACAAUAGACACUACUCCACCGAUACCACGUGGCUUUGUUGUAGAAAAUGGCAUGGGUUUUGUUCCUUCUCUUCGACGUGUUUCUGGGAAAUUUCAGGAUUUUCUAGAUAUUGAAAGUCCCAUUGUUCGCUACGAGUGGAAGCUAAUGGACGAAAAAACAGGAAGUGAUGCAACAUCAUUCGUCAUGAUACCAAUCACACAAAGAUAUCCAUUACUUUUUGAUUUAAACUUAAUUGCAGGCAAAAAGUACACAGCAUUACUUAAAGGAACGAACGCUGCUGGUCUUUAUGCAACAGUAAAUGUAUCUGGUAUUGUUCCUGAUAACACUAUUCCAACUUGCAAUGGUCGUCCUCUUGACGUUCUUACUCCAAAUGAUAUCUUUGAUAAAGACUUUGUACGCGAUCUCACUAAUCUCACUGCUAUGUUUUCAUGUAAGGAUGAAGAAAGUGGCAUCCGUUUCAUUGAAGCUGCUGUUGGUACUUAUCCAGGUGGGGAAAAUGUUCAUCCAUUUGUUAAUCUUGACAAUUUGACCACCUUUAAAUCGCAUCAUUCUAAUGCAACAUGGGUGACAUUCAGCGAUGUUAACCUUACGUCAUUGGUGAGGUAUUAUAUUACAAUAAAAUUUCAAAACAAUGCAGGGCUUAUUAAGACAAUUUUUACAGAUGGGAUAUUAAUUGAUACAACCAGUCCCACGGUUUUACCUACGUACAUCAGAGAUGGACUUAAGGGUAUUGAUGCUAGAUUCAGCUCACAGGUGGACGAAUUUUCAGCGCACUGGGAAAAUGCAUUCUCCGAUGCAGAAAGUGGUAUUGGUGAGUUCUUUGUUGGACUGGGUAAGACACCGGGCUCAGAUGACGUGACACCAAUGCGAAGCAAUGGUUUAAAUACCCAAGCAAUAAUUAGCAGUAGCUCUUUGGAGAGUGGUGUAAAGUAUUAUAUCACAGUAACUGCAUGUAAUCGAGUUCAUAUGUGCGUUAAUGGAAGCAGCAACGGAGCUAUGGUAGAUUUUACACCACCACAUACUGGUACAGUUAUAGCUGGUGAUAGUGGUCCACCUCUUGAGGUCACGUGGAUUAACAAAGCCGCCUGGGCACGUUGGUACUGGUGUCCUGCCGACAGGGACAAGCUUAAGAUAACUGAUGGUACAUGUAAUGCGUUAAGUUUCUACGAUAACCAUUCAGGAGUCAAACAUUUUGGACUAUCUGUUUUCUCAUAUGAUUCGGCAAAGCUCAUUACACCUGUCAAAACUGUUGGAAGGGUUGCAGUAAGUGGGAUUCACGUUGCUAUACCUAAUGGAGCAUUUUCAGUCGUUGUUGAAGCUGAAGACCGUGCCGGAGUGAAGUCAAAUUCGGUAUCAGAACCAUUUAUAGUUGAUGUCACACCUCCUAAAAUAUUAACACUUCAUCAUGGGAGGAAGGGACACAAAAUAAUGUUCACUCGUAAUUCAAGUCAUGUAUUUUCCGCCUAUUUUGAGAUGGAGGAGGAUUAUUCUAACAUAGUUAAAUACAGUGUAGGAGUAUCAUCGUAUCCCCAAGGUAAUGAUGUCAUAGGAUUUGUUUCAAGUCAAAUAAAUGAUGUUGGCAAUGUCGUUAAAGUGAAUUGGACAUUAUCCGAUUUCAUAAAGUUGAUGAACGGUCGAAAAUAUUACAUUACUGUCAAAGUUUCCAACUCGGCAGGAUUAUCAUUUGUUUCUUCGUCGACACCAUUGAUUUUUGAUGACCAAGCUCCUUUCGUAGCAUACGUGUUUGACGGAUGGGAUACCAUAGAUGCUCGAUAUCAAUCAUUUUCUAACAUUUAUCGAUUACAUUGGUCUGGUGUCACGGAUUUCUCUGGCGUAAAGGAAACUAAAGUAUGUUUAAGCUCAAGACCAACUCUCGUUUGUGACGUACAUGCCUUUGUAAAGAUACCAAACUCUUUAACAUCUUACACUUUCACAAAUCUCAAUCUUCAAUCUGGAUCGUAUUGUUUUGCUCACCUACUACUUACAGAUAGAGCUGGUAACGUAGGUAGCUAUUGGACCAAUGGUGUUUUACUUGAUACCAGUCCUCCUGUACGAGGUAGUGUAUUCAAUGGAAAUCAAGGUACGAAUGUUUUAUUUCAGCGUGAGAAUAACAUACUUUAUGCAAGAUGGCAAGGUUUUUAUGAAAACGAAACAUCCAUUGACCAUUAUGAAUUAGCAUUUGGAACGUCACCAAAUACUUCUAAUAUCCAACCAUUCACUGAUGUUGGCUUACACACAUCCUCUGUCAGCUCAAACUUACAAGUGUCUGAACUCCAGAAUGGCAUUACUUACUAUGCACGAGUCAUUGCAGUAAAUGUAAUUGGUGUUCCAUCGAAAAUUGCAACAUCGAACGGGAUUAUUGUGGAUUCCACUCCGCCUGUGUUCAACAGAUCAAUUUAUGAUGGGGCUGUUUUCGAUCAUGACUACACAAGUCAGACGAACUCGCUGAGUGCAAGCUGGCGUUGUAAAGAUGCUGAUUCUGGUAUUGCUCGAGUACUUAUUGGAUUUGGUACUUUGCCUGGAAUGGUAGAUGUCGUCUUUUACCAGAAUGUUUUACCCUACCAAACCACGUUCAAGAUGAAAAACAUUACUCUUAUCCACGGUUUUCGUUAUUUUGCUACGGUGAAGUGCAUAAACCAUGUUGGCCUUCAAACAGUUAUGUCUAGUGAUGGAGUUACUCUUGAUUUAACACCGCCUCUCAUAAGUUACAUAAAUGAUGGAGAUAAUUUGUACCAGGAUUAUAAAUACAUGGCACUCGGUCCAAAAGUGAAUGCCAACUUGCAAUUUACUGAUCCAGAAAGUCAUAUUGCAAUCUACAGGAUCGCCAUUAUUGAUGUUGCCAAUGGCUUAAACAUUUACGACCCUUUAGCAAUUCGAGGCCUUGAGAGACCAACCAGGGUUUCAUUUCCAGGAAAUCUUCUAGUACACGGCCAACGAUACGCCUUUAAAGUUGAAGCUCAAAACGGAGCUGGCCUUAAUACAACUGGGGUGAGCAAUGGUUUUCUUGUCGAUGGCACGGGACCAGAUUGUUUUAACGUAAAUGAUGUCACAACAGAUGGAAAGCGAUCAAGUUAUAUUGGGGAAGUUAGGAAGCUUAUCAUAUCAUUUCAUUGUAAUGAUACUGAGACUGGGAUAAGAUCGUAUCAGUUCGCUAUUAAGGAUAUCAAUACGGCAAACUACAUUAUGUCAUUUCAUACUAUCAAAGGUAUUUCCAUAUAUUCGACUCGUGUUGUUGUUGAUGGAUCAGGAAGACAAGCGAUAGAACUUCAAAAUGGUGGACGCUAUGCCGUAGGAAUACGUGCAACUAACAAUGUGUUUUUGAGUAAAGAAUAUUGGACAUCUGGUGUGGUCAUUGAUACAACACCUCCUAUAUUUAGUGAUGUUAAAACUUUGUUUCGUGUUCAAAUGAAUGGCAUCUUAGUAACAUGGCAACUUCAUGAUUUGGAAAGUGGUAUCGAAAGUCUUUCAUGGAUGAUCGAUACAUCUCCUGAUUUGGAAAAUCCUCAAAACUUUAACAACAUUUCUCACAAUGUUUCUCGCUAUCUAAUUUCCAGCGUUUCGUUUAAGCUUGGUCAAACUGUGUACAUAUAUUUAAGAGCUUCGAAUAAAGCUCAGCGUUAUUCUACAUUUGUGACAAGUGGGGUGGUUAUUGAUCGUAGCCCACCGUCCCCAGGAUUGGUGUCUGCAAACUUUGUUGUCCCUGCUAAUUAUGAUGGUAAUCCUAACGUGACUUACAAUGCUUCGUUUGUUGUGAAAUGGAGCGGAUUUGUUGAUAUGGAGAGUGGAUUGAGAAGUUAUGCUUGGGGAAUAUCAUCAUCUGGCAAAUUGAUUAAAAAUUUAAGUGAUGCUUAUUAUUCACCAAUAAAGUUUACAGGCACAAUCAACGGUUAUGUGAUUCAAGGUCAAACAAUUUACUCUGGUCGAAAGUAUUCCGUAUGUGUCCGUGUUAUGAAUGGUGCAGGGUUAUCAAGGACCAGCUGUUCUAAUGAGUUCUUGGUAAGAUUAGGUAAAUUUACACCAGGCAUUGUUUACGAUGGUCCUUUUGUCUAUGACAGAGACUUUCAACUUGAUGACAAAGCAGUUUGGUUACAUUGGAGCGGUUUCAAAGAUCCUGUUUAUGGUAUAGAUCAUUAUAAAUGGUGUUAUGGAAAGGCAACUAAGCAAGCAGGUGACGAUUUUAAUUGUUCGUCACCUUUAACUAAAGUUAAUCCUCCAUUGAAAACAACAGCUCAUCAGUUCCACAAUGUUUCUUUACUACAUGGAAAACAUUAUAGUGUGAAAGUAAAAGCUUCCAACGUACGUCAUCAGACUGUUUCAGCUUUCUCAGAUGGUUUUACAGUUGAUCGCACUGGACCAUCUUCUGGAGUUUUUAAAGUUGGAGGAUCACAUGGUACACGAGUGGUUUAUAUUGUUGACGUUACUCCUCCUAUCGUCACGUGGUCUAUGCAUGAAGGUGAAAGUGCUAUGAAAGAAUAUCAGUUUGGUAUUGGAAGUGCUCCUGGGAAAGAUGACUUGUAUUCAUUCAUGAAACUGGAUGGUGGCAACCUAUCGCUUGAUUUCGCUGAAAUUAAUUUUAAUUUAUCCCAUGGAUUGAUGUUUUACCUAACUGUGAUUGGUGAGAAUGUUUUGGGCCUGCAGUCCACCAUGACCUCACCACAAAUAAUCGUUGAUCGACUACCACCCACGCCAGGCAGUGUUAGAGAUGGAAAUGAUACCGUUGAUGUGGACUAUCAGAGUAAUUUAAAUCAGUUAUCAGCAUCGUGGGACGCUUUCCUUGACCCAGAAAGUGGUGUAAAUGAGUAUUCAUAUUGUAUUGGAACCUCCCCAGAUACCUGUGAUAUCACAAAUAAGACUUCGGUUAAUCUCGAUCGUCAUGCCAAACUUGAAGUUGGUUUGGAGCAAGGAAUUAGGUAUUUUGUGAUAGUAACUGCGGUUAAUGGAGCUGGUUUGUCAACGACAAGUUCUUCAAACGGUUUUGUUAUGGACGCUUCUCCUCCAACAGUUAACCGAAUUGUAGCGACGUCGGUUGUUGCACUUCAAAUAACUUCAGGCAACAAAACUGCUAAAACUGAUGACAUCGUUUCCAAUGAAGAAACGUUAACGGCAAACAACAUGAACAGUAAUGUGAGCCUCAAAUAUUUUUGCUAUAUUGACAAAUCCUUGAAGAUCUCAGCUGUAAUACAUUCUGUGUUUGAUCAUGAGAGUGAUAUUAAGAAAAUAAUCAUUUGCGCCACUACUGUUAAAGAAGAUUGUGAUUUAUCCCGAUGGCAAGUCGUUCAACAUGUCAAAGAAAGAGUAGAUAUAAUCUUUAAAUUUUUACUCAAUUCUGGAACAGUGUUUUUCUUGAAAGUCAAAGCCGAGAAUGGAGCUGGUCUGGAGACAGUUGCCUUUUCUAGAAAAAUUCUAGUUGAUACAACUCCACCUCAUAGGGGAACUGUUAAAGUUGACGAUAAAGUAAAAACAGUUUUCCUGAACGAAGAAAAACUUUUUAGUGCGUCCUGGUCAGGCUUCUAUGACCCUGAAAGUAAUAUCAAAGAAUAUGAUUGGAAAAUCUGCUUGGCAAAUCAACAGACCAACUGCUUAUCGGCAUUUACAAGUUCUGGUUUAAAUACAAGUCUUGUGCUAAAUGAUCUUGCUUUGGAACCUUUGGCAGAAUAUCAACUUGUCAUCAAAGCAGUAAACAUAGCUGGACUUGAGAUGAUAGGGAUUUCUAACUCUUUUGUAAUGGACAAUACAUCUCCACAGUCGGGCAUCGCAUUUAUUGGAAGUGUUAAUUUUAAAAAUAGAUUGUACCAGAGCUCAUUCUCGGAAAUCUUGGCAAGUUGGCGAGGAUUUACAGAUAAAGAAAGUGGUAUUGAACGAUAUGAAGUUUGUGUUGGUUUAAGCUCUGGAAUAUGUGAUGUCACACCGUUCCGAGAUUAUGGUUUAAAUAAUAGAGCCACUGUAUUUAACCUUAACCUUACUCAUAAUGAAACAUAUUAUGUUACUGUUCGAGUAACUAAUGGUGCUCGACUUACUUCAAUUGCAACCACCAAAGGAAUCACUGUUGAUCUGACUUCUCCUGUUGGUGGAGUCAUUAGGGAUGGUGAGGGAACUGAUCUGGAUAUAACCUUGCAUGAUACAUUCAUCAGAAGCAAUUGGGAUGAAUUUUCUGAUCUUGAGUCAGGAAUUUCGAUGUACGUAGUUUGUGCAGGUACCAUUCGUGGCUCCUGUGACGUUUUACCCCUGACGUCACUUGGAAUAUCAUUAACUGCGAUGUUGCAAAUCAAUCCAGCUGUCAGCUCUGGUACAAUCGUGUAUGUUACAUUGAAAAUUUAUAAUGGAGGUGGAGGUAUGACUGAAGUGUAUUCUGAUGGAAUCUUAAUUGAUAGCACUCCACCUGUCGGUAGCAAGGUUGAAAUUACUUCAGAGAUAAUCUCUGCAGGAGAAGUUUUAUACCUUACCAACAAAAGAAAUAUUUGUUCAUCAUGGUACUUUAAUGACAACGAGUCAUACGUAAUAAAUUAUCAAUAUUCUCUCUGUUGGAAACAUAAUAUCGGUGAUUGUCCUGUUUCAAAUCGUAACCUUAACAACAAAACAUCUUUAUGCAUCGAAGAACCGUCACUUACUGAAGGUCAAAGCUACGUAAUAAAAAUCAUUGCUUUGAAUGAAGUUGGACUUUCCACGAGCUUAACUUCAUCUACUUUUAUUAUUGAUACAACUGAACCAGACAUUGGUGAAAUAAAAGUUUCAAAUCCUUUGGGUAAUCAUUAUAUGUUUGUCUCGUCCGAUAUUAUCGCGCGGUGGAGUGGUUUUGUUGAUCUUGAGUCCGGAAUCUCGAAUUAUUACGUAUGUUUGGGGACAAAACCAAUGAUCUGUGAUGUUUCAAAGUUGAAGGCUGUCGUAAACACCUCAAGUUAUGCGUGGUAUAAUUUAAGUCUUGUUCACAAUGAAGAGUACUUUGUGUCGCUCAUGAGUGUAAAUAAUGCUGGUCUUUCCACUAAUUUAACUGCAUCGCAACCAGUGACGGUGGAUAAGACAGCACUUCUUCCAAGUCAAGUAUUUGAUGGCUCCCACUUGAUGACAGACGUCGAUUUCCAGGAAAGCAGUCAACGUGUAUCAGCCAAUUGGUUUAAAGUUGAAGACCCCGAGAGUGACGUCAUUAGUCUAAAAUGGUGCGUCGGUUCCAGUCCCGGUUCAUGUGAUUUUAAAUCCAGUGCUUCUUUGGAAAUUAGUGCUACUAAAAUAUCUGCGUAUCUUGAUCAACCUGUUGAUAAUGGAAAUCGUUUUUACAUAACGUUAAAUGCAACCAAUGGAGCUGGUGUUGAGACCAUUAUGGCUUCCAAUGGUGUUACAGUUGAUUAUACACCUCCCACAGGUGGAUUGGUUAUUGAUGGUACGGAUGCUGAUGUUGACUAUGUAAAAGAUGGUGAUACAGUGCAUGGUCGUUGGUUAGAUUUCCAAGACGUGGAAAGUGGCAUCCAGUCAUAUCAGUUUGCUUUAUGUCAGAAAGAAAAUGUCACGUUUUGUCCGAAAUCAUUUUCAAAUACAGGAAUUCAAACCAAUAUAACUAUUACAGGUUUAGAGUUGGAGAAUGGUGUAGCAUACGUAAUCAUUGUUCGAGCUGUUAAUAAUGCUGGCUUAAGUAAUCGUGUAAACUCAGAUGGAUUUAUAGUCGAUGCUACAGCCCCGGAAUCAGGACGUGUUUUCAUUUCUUCAUUGCUGCCGUUUACUUCGAUAUCUGAUCAUCUUUCUGUGAGGUGGCAAAACUUUUUUGAUCCCGAAUCGGACAUCGCUCAAUAUGAAAUUUGCCUCGGUACUACUCAGGAAACUUGUAAUGAGAUUGAUUUUCAAUACGUUGGAAGGAAAACAAAUCACACUCUCACCAAACUUCGCUUGCGUCACCAUGAAACGUAUUUCGUCACAAUUAAAGCCACAAAUAAAGCAGGAAUGUCGACACUUGUAUCUUCUGAUGAAAUAAAAAUUGAUCUUACUGCACCGCUGGUAAUAAAGCAGAUCGUCGAGCACUCCGCUGACAUAAAUAACAAUUGUUCCAGUGGUGUUGGAAAAUGCAAUACUACUCAAGACACGAAAGCAAGUUCCCCUGUAUCAAUCACAUGUAGCAAAGAGAUUGUCAAAGCAUCAUGGUUACAAUAUGAGGACAGAGAAUCUGGAAUUUUUAAACUUGAAUGGUGCGUUGAAAGUCUUAAUGGCGAGUGUGACAUAUUACCCUGGGAGGAUUUGUCAAUCAACUUAACUGAAGUUGCUGCAAUUGUCUCUCUUGAGGAUCAUUCUUUCGUUAAAAUCGCUGUUCGCUUUACCAACGGAGCAAGAAAUACUUUAGUUAUCAAGUCGGAUCCUUGUAGUCCAAUGAAAGCUUUUCCUUCAGGCUUUAAUGUUGUAGAAGUUGAAAAUUUGAAUAAAUCAUCGUCAGAUAUUGAUUAUCAGGCCAACACCGAAUCAAUAAUCGUGUCAUGGUUUUCUCGAGACAACACAUCAUCCUUGUUUUCAUCUAUACAGGCAGCGUUGACAGAGAAACCAAAAUAUCCGAAUGCCACUGAAUCCUUUUUCAAGAAAUGGCAUGACGAAACAUUUCUUUUCAAAUUUGUCGAUAUUCCACGUGGAAAGCAACACAUAAGGUUCAGCGGUGAUAAACUCAAGCCAUAUACUGUUUAUCGUUCUCUUGUUAGAAGUUGCAACAAAGAUCAAUUGUGUUAUGAUUCUGUGAGUGAUGGAAUCAUGAUUGCGCCAGAUGCACCAUCUGCUUUUAAGAUCGAUACAACCGACACAAUUGCUGGCACACAGCAACAGAGAUGGCAAAAGUACUUCACGAUCCCAGAAGUACCUCGUAGUAUGGUUGAAGAAACUUACUACAUCCCUGAUCCAUUAUCUUUACAAGUUAAAGCACACUCUUCAAACGUGAGUAAUGUCAACUCGUCGGUGAAGCAAAAUCUAGAAAUUACUUACCAAGCAAGCGUUUACCGAGUGUUAUCUGGACAAAAUGAAACCCGAAAUGUAACAAUUAAUAUCAAAACUAUAUUCAAUCAUUCGUACAUCCAUAAUGAUAAUAAUGUUUGCUGCAAAAAGACAAAUGAUAAUCCACGAGUUGUUCAUCCCGAUCGACAGAUAAAACCAGUUCAAAGAACCAACGCGUUUGGUUUUUCGAUAAGCAGUUUAAAUCAUGGCUUACUAGCCGUUUCUUCGAAACAUUCUGCCUAUAUUGUCCCCACAUCUUCAGAUGAAACAACUCUUUUUACUCUCGUUACUUUGAAUUCAAGUUAUGAGAAAUAUGUGAAAGUUUCGGGAAAAAAUGAUUUAGUUUUGCUGUCUGGAGAUGGAAAAUUGAUGGUAUUUAAAAUUGACGAAAAAGAUUUAAAAGAAACAAGCAGAAUUUUGAUAAUUACAAAUUGCAAUACAACAUCUUCCAACAAGGCCGCGAGUUGUGUUAAAGGUGCUGAAUGGUCUACAUCGAGAACUGUUGGGGAACAGUUUGGAUUUGAUGGCACUAGUACAAUAGCUGUGAGUGGACUUCAUCCGAUUGAGAAACAUGGAGUCGUUGCACUUUUUACAAACGAAUCUGGAGAUUGGAGAUUGCUGCAAGUAUUGGCACCAAAUAAAAGCUCUUCGUCGUCAAUACGCGUAAUUGCCAUUAAUAAUGAUUUCAUAGUUAUUGUUGGGUCCGAAAUUAAUGUGUACGCGAAAAAAUUCAACGAUAUUUGGAGAAAUGAUAAAAAACUUUCACGUACUUUGUCAAAUGAAGUUAUAUCCGUCGAUAACAUGUAUUUGACAAAGAAAAAUGAACUUUUUGUGUUAUCGGUGAAGAAUCGACGCUUGUUGGUUUUUCAUUUGAAAACUGGAAGUGGAAAUGAUGUGGUAUUAGAUUGUCGAUACAUAGUUUCACCACUUAUAUUCUUGACCGGCUCCUUAGAUGUAAUGGAAGGGAACACAACAAUUGCCGUUAUUGGUAUAAUGUCCUCAGAUGGACAAGAUGGGUGCGAAAUAUUGAUGUAUGAAAAUAAAAAAAGCUGCAAACGCAUAGGAACAGUUGUCACAAAGACUGGACCACGGUACGACUCAGGUCAAAUGGGUGCAUCAGUAGCAAUUGUGGAUCAAAUGGUGUUCAUUGGAAGUCCCGGCUUACUGACUUGGCCGAGCAGCUAUGUCGAAGCGGGGACUGGGCGCGUAUAUGCUACGACCUUUUGCAACCAAAAUUCUGUCCGUAGAAAAUUGUAUGGAAACAAACAUCAUAUCAACUGUCAACUUUGUGACUCCGACCAUGAAGCGUAUCCUGGGUUUGAAGAAAAAUGCACUAAUUGUAAUAUGACAAUAUGUGUGAAUCGUAACGUUCUGAACUUUCGAGUUUCUCAUUGUGAUAAAUAUCCUUGCGAGGUCAUUCACGAUCGAUUAAUAAAGCAAAAUAUUUCUCAAGACAAUAUAACCGUUACAGAGUUUGUAGAAGAUUUUGAAGAAGAUGGAUUCUACCAGCCUGGCUCAGAAAAUAGCUAUUUUAUUCGCAUCACACAGAAAUCUGUAUCAGGUCUUGUAACGGUAUCUGAUAGCUUUCCUUUCUCACUCGAUAACACUUCACCUGAGGCAGGAUUAGUCUAUGAUGGUUUAGGUAGCGAUGAAAACCGAAACUGUUCAGCCAAUACCACGCUUAGCUCUGAACAUCAGUGCUCCAGUCGAAGUCUUUCCGAGACUGAUUUAGAUUACACGAACAAUACAGCAUCUAUUAGCGCUCGCUGGAUUGAUUUUCGAGAUAACGAAAGUGACAUUGAAAAUGUGUUUUGGUGCAUUGGUUCCAAGAUACUCCGAGACGACAUAAUGGCGUGUGAAAACGCAACAAGUCAUUCCAAUCAAACAUUAACUGGUUUGACAUUACGCCAUAAUGAAACCUAUUACGUCACUGUGUUGGCGUGUAAUUACGCUGGGUUGUGUACUGCACGGUCAAGUGAUGGUGUUCUAGUUGACACCACACCGCCUGUAAUAUAUUUUGUAAGAGACGGAUUGAUAGGACCAGACAUAGAUUUUCAAGUAUUCACCAAUAUCAUAUUUGGUAACUGGGAAGCUGAAGAUCCUGAGAGUGGAAUUGUUUCUUACGAAAUUGGAUGGGGUUCAUCGCCUGGACUUGAUGACGUUUGGGAGUUUCAAGAGAUCGGCAACGCUAAAGCAUACUACGCUAAAUUCAGCCUCGGAGACCUUAUUAAAGGCAAUAAAUAUUACAUCACUGUGAUAGCAAUCAAUGCUGCUGGUUUAGAGUCGGAAUCGAUGUCUUCUAAUGGAAUUGUUGUUGGAAGAACGGAAUUCAUUUUUGCUAAAAACGAUUCCGGGUCAUUCUUCUUUGACACGGUGAAUGUCAACGCAAACGAAAGCAUGGAAAACGAUUCUUCCAAAAUUGGCAACACGUUUGGUACGUUGGAUGUACCUUCUGGUGCUGUAGAUGAAGAAGUGAAGUUUCAAGUAUACAGUCUUGGGGAAAAGGAAAUGAAAAAUGGUACUGAUGAUAAUACGACAAUUGUUGAUCCACAAGUAGUUACACCACCGAAGCAUUUUAAACUUGGCAACUACAGUUUCCAAAUCAAAGCAUACGAACCAAAGAACAACUCCUUAAUGUCUAAAUAUCACUUCAAGAAGCCCGUUACCAUCACGCUUUUCUAUGAUGUUGAUCAAAUGUUAAAUGCCAAUAAGAAAACUGUCAGCAACGAUGUGACAACAAAUGACGUGAACCCUGUUCUUUUACUGUGGGAUAUUACUAAUAAAACCUGGUAUGAUGCCUCUAAAACGUGUCCAAAGCCAUGGUCGCAAGUUGAUCGUGCAGCCAAAUUAUUGCGAGUCAAAGUUUGUCAUUUAACUCAGUUUGCGCUGUUCUGGACAUUUAUUGCAGAAUACGGAAUUGUAGAGUUUGAGAGAAGCUAUAACGUUGACUCAACCUACAAGUCUCAUCAAGCAGUUGUCGAAGAUUACAAUAAUAUUCUGUACAGUCCUCAAAAGUAUCCUCAACAGAUUAUAUUUGAUGUAGCCAGACGAAAAGGCUCCACUGGUAACGUCACUGUCACGUGGUCUGUCUCUAGUCACAUGGGUGCAAGGAUUCCAUUUUCCAUCUCUCCAUCGAGUGGUGUAUUGAAAUUCGCUGAAGGCCAAUGGAAUUCUUCUGUUGAGCUAAAUUUUGGCUCUAUGCCAUCGCACAUGAGUGAAGUAGUUGUGAUUUUAGAGCUUCUCAACAUAUCUGGUGGUGCGAUGUUUGGUAAUUUGACAAGCUUGAGAAUAAUAUUUCCUCGAAAAAUCAAGAAAGUGAUGAUAAAACCUGGAAGAUUCUUGUUCCCGUUCUUGCGUCUUCGUUUUUCAUUUUCCUCCUUUUCGUCAUCAUAGUUUUUCUUGUAUUUAAACAUCGUCGAAGAAAUAAAGAACUACAGCCAUCGUUCAGGCGUAAAGAUGAUUCUUCCCUUGGAAAAGCGAAAAGUAAAUCAGAUGUACAUGAAUAUGAUUCUCGAAAUAAUUUGGCGGAAACCUCAUUUAUUAACAAGCCAGGACAUUAUAAUCCUACUGCUGUUUCUGAACAAUCGAUGGAAUAAUUUUAAGACCGACUGACAAGCGUUAAUGAACAAUGAUUUACUUAAUCAUACAUUAAAAAGCCUUUGAAAUGGCUAUAAAAUUUAAUUGUAGUUUAUUAGUAUUGUGAUUAUAUUUAGAGGAAAAUAAAAACAAAUUGUCUCAAAAUGUAA